AUGAAGCAUCUUCUUAUCACCUCCAGCUUGAUUGCUGUUAUUGCCGUUCCAGGCAGUCUAGGCUGCGAUAGUUGCUUUGGCCCCACGAAUCAUGUCGAACACGUUCGGCACGUCAAGCGCAUGCAGCCUGGUGCGCCAAAUGCUACCUAUGGACCGACGAGGGCGCUCGAAUGGGGACAGUUGAAUUUCUUGCAUACCACAGAUACCCAUGGUUGGCUGGAAGGGCAUCUGAAAGAGGAGAACUAUGGAGCGGAUUGGGGUGACUUUGUAUCUUUCUCAAACCAGCUUAAGCGGCACGCUGCUAAGCUAGGAUCAGAUCUUCUCGUGGUUGACACAGGCGACCUUCACGAUGGUGCUGGCUUGAGCGACGCAACGACUGUGGACGGCGAGAUAUCGCUGAAAAUCUUCGACAAAAUCAACUAUGAUUUGUUGACCAUUGGAAACCACGAGCUGUAUCUGGCCGAAGUCGCAAAUCAGACGGCCAAGGAGAUCGCCGCGUACUGGGGCGAUAAGUACCUCACUUCAAACGUGCAAAUCCUCGACUCAGACACUAAUGGGUGGGAGUACAUUGGCAACACGCACAAGUACCUGACGACGGAGCAAGGCCUUCGCAUCAUGGCUUUCGGGGUGCUGUUCGACUUUACAGGGAAUGCCAACACAACGAAGGUCAUCCCAGCAGCCACAAUGAUUACUGAGAACUGGUUUGUAGAUGCUGUCAACUAUGCUGAGCCCAUAGACCUUUUCUUGAUUCUUGGUCACAACCCGGCCCGACCGGAUGCGGACGGAAGCACCUUUGGCCUCCUCCACGACACGAUCCGCAAGGUCCAUCCCAGAACCCCUAUCCAAUUUUUCGGAGGACACAGCCACAUCCGCGACUUUGCCGUGCUCGACUCCAGUAGCACCUCCCUCGAAUCAGGCCGCUACUGCGAGACUCUCGGCUGGCUCUCCAUGUCCGGCUUCGACAAAGACAACAGCGGCCUCGGCAACACCACCCUCCCGCACGGCGUGCCCCAUCCCACGCGCAAAGCAACAUCCAACUCAACAUCACCCUUCAAAUACGCCCGGCGCUACCUGGACUGGAACCGCAAGACCUUCGAGUUUCACUCCCAACCCAUCUCCUCCACCUUCGACUCCCCCAGCGGCCUAUCCACCUCAUCAGAAAUCACCACCUACCGCGAGCAGCUCCACCUAGGCGAACUCUACGGCUGCGUCCCGCAAGACUACUGCAUGACCUGCGCCCCCUUCACCAGCUCAAAUAACAUCUUCCCCAUGCUCUCGCAAGCAUUGGCCGAGACGGUGGUCAACGAGAACAGGACCGACACGCCGCGGUAUAUCAUCUCCAACACGGGCGGGAUCCGCUUCGAUAUGCACAAGGGCCCGUUCACGUACGAUGACAAUUUCAUCGUCUCGCCGUUUCGGGACGCGUUUUUGUAUGUCCCCGAUGUGCCGUGCGGCUUGGCUAGUACGGUGCUGAAUGGGCUAAAUAAUGCGGGGGCGAGCCAGAAACGAGGGUUGGGCGUUGUGCCGGUGGAGAGGGACAUUUGUGUUGAUCCAUUGACGACAGGUUUCAUGGGGUUGGAGGUAAGGGAUGAGGAUGGGCAUGUUCAUGCGCAUUCGGAAGUCACGAGACGCCAAGUUGUGGAUUUAACGCCGGGGUAUACUACGACAGACGACUUUGGCACGGAUGGGGAUGAUACGGCGCACAGCGAGAUUCCAUAUUACGAGAUCCCCGACUUUUUCCAGGGAGAAGGCGGGUUUGGUGAGGAUGGAUGUACGGAUGUGGUUGACCUGGUGUUUGUCGAUUUUAUCGAAAGCGAUGUCUUAGCCAUCUUGGGAUCCGGUUACAGUGACAGCGAUGUAGAUUACUACGUCAGCGCCAACUUCACGACGCAGGAUUACCUAGCCGAAUUUGUGAAGGCGUCGGAUCUUUUCCAGGCGGGAUUGCCUAACUGUACAAUUGCAUGA